AUGCUCGCGCCCCCGACGGACCGCGGCUACCGCGUCGCCGACCCGACGCAGCUCAAGGCGCGCAAGUUCACGAGCGGGCCGCGCGCAGGCGCAGGCGCAGGCGGCGCCUCUUCUUCUUCUUCCUCCGGGGCCGGGCCCAGCAGCGUGUGGUUCGAGACGCCCGAGGAGAAGAAGAAGCGCCUCGCGGACGCGGUGCUGGGGCGCGCGGCCGACCCGACGGUGCACGGCGCCGCUCCUACUGCUACUCCCGCGCGCGCCGCGCCGCAGCAGAAGGGGAACAGCAGUAGCCGCGAGCAGGACGAGCGGAUCCGGGCGUUCACAGAGCAGACGCGGGGGCGGAGCCUGUACGAGGAGCACCAGACGGCCAAGGCGGCGGGGCGGGACGGCAAGGGCGACGGCGACGGCGACGGCGAGGAGGAGGAAGACGACCCCAGCAAGCGGGCGUUCGACCGGGAGAAGGACAUGGCGCUCGGGGGCAAGAUCACGCACUCGCAGCGGCGGGAGAUGCUCAACAGGGCGGCGGACUUUGGGGGCAGGUUUCAGAAGGGCAAGUAUCUGUAG